CAGGCUGUCAGGCUGUCUAGUCACAGAGGAAGGCUGUGCUUCUCUGGUCUCAGCUCUGAGGUCAAACCCCUCACACCUGAGAGAGCUGGACCUGAGCUACAAUCACCCAGGAGACUCAGGAGUGAAGCUGCUCUCUGCUGGACUGGAGGAUCCACACUGCAGACUGGAGAAACUCAAUGUGGAACAUGGUGGAGAGAACAGAAUGAAACCUGGACUUAGAAAAUAUGUCUGUGAUCUCACACUGGACCUAAACACAGUAGACAGAAAACUCUCUCUGUCUGAGGAGAACAGAAAGGUGACAUGUAGGAGAGAGGAGCAGCCGUAUCCUGAUCACCCAGAGAGAUUUGAGGACUGUGGACAGGUGCUGUGUAGAGAGGGUCUGACUGGGCGCUGUUACUGGGAGGUAGAGUGGAGUGGGAGAGGGGCUGAUAUAGGAGUGACAUAUAAAGGAAUCAGCAGGAGAGGAGGUGAUGACUGUUGGCUUGGAUACAAUGACAAGUCCUGGUGUCUGAACUGCUUUGACAACAGUUACUCUGCCAGUCACAAUAAUAAACCCACUACCAUAGACGUCCGCCCCUCCAGCCCCCACAGAGUAGGAGUGUAUCUGGACUGGCCAGCCGGCACUCUGUCCUUCUAUAGAGCCUCCUCUGACACACUGACCCACCUGAUCACAUUCACCUCCACAUUCACUGAGCCCCUCUAUCCAGGGUUUAGGGUUUGGAAAUGCUCCUCCUCUGAAAUAAUAACCUGACACACAAACUGGACACACACACACACACACACACACACACACACACACACACACACACACACACACACACACACACACACACACACACACACACACACACACACACACACACACACACUGGAUUCACACACACACACACUGGAUUCACACACACACACACUGGACUCACACACACAGACAAGACACACACACACACUGGACACACACACUGGACACACAAACAUGCACACACACACACACACUGGACAAACACACACAUACACUGGACAAACACACACACACACACUGGACAAACACACACACACACACUGGACAAACAAAAACACACACACUGGACUCACACACACACUGGACUCACACACACACACACACCGGACUCACACACACACACUGGACUCAUACACACACACUGGAAUCACACACACACACACACUGGACUCACACACACACAGACUGGACUCACACACACAGACAAGACACACACAGACUGGACACAAACACACACACACUGGAAUCACACACACACACACACUGGACUCACACACACACACACACACUGGACUCACACACACUCAUUGGACUCACACACACAGACAAGACACACACACAUUGGACAAACACACACACAAACACACACACACACACUGGACUCACACACACACUGGACAAACACACACACACGUACACACUGGACAAACACAAACACACACACACUGCACAAACACACACACACUGGACACACACACAAACACUGGACACACACACACACACUCUGAACAAACACAUACACACACUGGACUCACACACACACUGGACAAACACACACACACGUACACACUGGACAAACACAAACACACACACACUGCACAAACACACACACACUGGACACACACACAAACACUGGACACACACACACACACUCUGAACAAACACAUACACACACUGGACAAACAAAAACACACACACACACACACACACACUGGACAAACAAAACACACACACACACUGGACAAACACACACAUACACACACACAGUGGACACACACACACAGUGGACAAACACACACACAGUGGACACACACACACAGGACACACACACGCACACACAGGACACACACACACACACACACACACACUGGCUGGACAAAACACACACACUGGACACACUCUGGACACACUCUCACACACACACAUGCACGAGGACCUCUUCCAAUUAAACAUUUAAACUCUUAUAAUAACACCAUUAAAAUGUGAUAAUUUGAUGUAUGGAUGUAUUGUACUUUUCAUAAUAAAACAUACUUGAAACAAGAAAA